AUGGCUGCUGCAGUACUCGGAAAGAGAUCUCGGGGGGUUCUGGAUGAAGAAGAGAUUUCAUUACCUCUCCCAACAACCAAAAGAAGAACGCGACGCUCAGCACCAGUGAUAUACGAAGAUACCACCAGACGAAAUGAGUUGGAGAAUGUUGGAGCAACCGAGCAACAGAGUAAUUUACGGAAUACUCGUCCUGUCAGAACGCGUAACAGAACACCCAAAGUCGCGUUGCCAGACAGCUCUGAGAAGAUCAAGCCGAGCAAUCUUGCACUUGAUCAAAGUCCCUCGCAGGGAGUCACAGAUGAGAACGUUCCGCCUACACUGAUCUCAACUCCAUCGGCACUUCGAUUUAAAGAUGUAUUUGAACAGUGCGCUCCGACCACACCAAAACAUCGCGUGCGAUUAACUGGAAGACUGCUUACACCACGCUCCUCUCGAUCAUUAACACCAUCAAAAUCACAUAAUGUCUAUUCUCAAGCUCGACAAGCAUUCACACAGACUGGGACGUCCAAAAUUAUUGGUCGUGAAGUAGAACGAGAGCAAUUGAACAAGUUCAUUCACAAUGCGAUCGAAACCGGUACUGGUGGUUGCACCUAUGUCAGUGGAGCGCCUGGCACCGGAAAGAGUGCAUUGGUACUGGAAAUUCUGGAACAAUUCGGAGAGCAGCCUGUCAAGGUUGUAUCGAUCAACUGUGUGGCAUUGAAAACUUCAUCAGAGGUUCUUGCCAGAUUUACCCAGGAGUUCUGCCCACCAUCUCGUGGGAAAGCGGGACCGGGAGCGAAAGCAAGUCUUGCGAAGCUGUUCACCACAAGGAAGGCCGGUUCACCAAUGCACUUGGUUUUGCUGGAUGAAAUGGACACACUGCUUGGUGGUGAUUGUGAGCUUUUGUAUAGCAUCUUCGAAUGGGCGAUGCAUCCGGCUUCCUCAUUGAUUCUCAUCGGGAUUGCAAACGCACUUGAUCUCACAGAUCGCUUCUUACCCCGGCUUAAGGUCAGAAAUGUCAAGCCACAGCUUCUACCAUUUCUCCCUUACUCCGCGCAGCAAAUCUCGACCAUCAUCAGGGAAAAGCUGAGGUCAUUACUGCCUGCCGACAGCACGGUGUCACCAGACUUUGUUCCACUGAUGCAUCCAGCCGCCAUUCAGCUCAGUGGAAAGAAAAUCGCCUCUCAGACAGGAGAUCUCAGAAAGGCUUUCAGUCUUGUACGCCGAGCUAUCGAUCAGGUGGAGCAGGAGACGCUUUUGAAGAUGAGCCAAGAGCAAAGUGUUACGCCAACCAAACAACCUCUUGGAGAAGUCACCAAUCCGUCGAUCAAGCCACAAUCGUGGUCAGUGUCUCCCAUGAAGGAGGCCUCCUCUUCGUCUAUCCAACGAUCUAUUCUGUCACAACUUACGAUGGAGAGUGCUCCAAGAGCCAGCAUUGCGCAUGUGGCUAGAAUUGCCUCGAGCAUAUUCAACAACAAUGCGCUAUCCCGUUUGAAUGGAUUGAAUCUCCAACAAAAAGCGGUCUUGUGUUCACUUGUGGCUUCGGAAAAGAAGCAGAUACAGAGAGAUCCUUACAAGACACCAUCAAAGUCAUGGUCAAAGAUUGCCAACGUCAAAGAGCUGUUCGAGACUUACACGAUGCUUUGCAAUCGUGAUGAAGGAAUUCUGCAAGUACUGAAGAGCACCGAAUUUCGAGAUGUUGUUGCAAGCCUUGAAACUCUGGGUCUGAUACAUGAAGCAACUGGACGAACUUCAGGCUUGUUGACACCUGCAAGUACGCCAUCUCGGAGUGGACGGGCCAUGGAUGAUAAACAAGUGGUGAGCGCAGUGUCAGAGAAGGAGAUGCGAGAUAGUUUGAGUGGAGCAGGGUCCGACUUGCUACAACGACUUCUGGACGAGUGA